AUGGACAAAAAAGCGGCCGAAUCGAAUAUACCGAGCGGUCGGAAGUGCGGGCAAGUGCGACGCGGUUACCGUGAUAGAACGCCGGAUCUGUCGGCAGGACCUACUUUUGAAGAACUACGAAAUAGAUUCGACACUAGCGCCACCUUGAGGCGAGAAAUCGCCGCGCAUCCAGCGACACAUGGCAGCGCCACUCGUCAAGUGGUCAGCGGCAAGUUAUUCAAGAAGUGCAAAAGCGCCACAUUUCAGAUAGAUGGCGCCACCUAUACUAUCGGUGAGUUGAAACUAAUCUAA